CGCGCCUCUCCUGGCUCCGCGAGCGUCACCGCCCCCUCUGACCAGGGACGGCCGGUUCCGGGCCGCGCUCCCUCCCCGCCGGGGCGCCCUCCCUUCCGGGGGUCCCGGUCCCCAAGGUGGUCGCGGCUACGGCAUCCUCAGGCCAGGCCGCGUGGGGAGGGGGCGGCCUGGAGGCCGUGGCGGGGUCAGCACGGGCCACCGAAAGCAGGGCCAUGGAGCCCAGGGAGUCGGGGAAGGCUCCUGUGACGUUUGAUGACAUCACGGUGUAUUUGCUUCAGGAGGAGUGGAUGCUGCUGAGUCAGCAACAGAAGGAGAUCUGUGGUUCUGAUGAGCUGGCGGCACCACUGGGACCAGCUGUUGCCAACCCAGAGCUGUUCUAUAAAUUUGAGCGAGGGCCAGAGCAGUGGCUAGCCAAGGUCCAGGGCCAGGGGAGUCUCUUGAGCCUCCACCGAGGAAAAAACAAGAUGGGCUUCAUGGAAGAAAUGGACAUGCAAAGUCCCGCCAGAGAAGCUGGACUCUACCUGCCUCCUCAGAAGAAAGCCUGUCCUUCGCAUUUCAGCUCAGAGGGUGGCAGCCUCCAGGGAGACUGCACAGGAAGAAGCAGAAAACCAUUGAGACCCCGGUCCAUCCAGAAGGCAUGGUUUGCGCAGUUCCCGUGGUUGGUCAUGAAUGAGGAGCGGACGGCUCUCUUUUGCUCGGCUUGCCGGGAGUACCCAUCCGUCAGAGACAAACGGUCAAGGUUAAUAGAAGGUUACACAGGACCAUUCAAGGUGGAGACUCUCAAAUACCAUGCCAAGAGCAAGGCCCACGUGCUCUGUGCCAAGGCCUUGGCAGCUCGGGACCCCAGCUGGGCAGCCCGUUUCCGGAGCAUCCACGAUGUGUCCAGAGAGGUGCUGGCCAGUCCGGGACACCUCUUCACUGCAGAUUACCCCAUAUGUUACCCCCCAGGGCCUCAGGGGAUCUAUGAUAACAUGGUCCAGCUCCUGCCCAGCUCGAGAGCUGCACUGGAGGACCCUGGAGGGCGUGGAGCAAUUCCUGCAUUGUACCUAGACUGCAUUCCUGAUUUCAGGCAAAAAGAAAUUGCUGAUGACAUCCACAGCUCCUCAGACGUUAACAUUUUGUGUAAUGACUCACCUGAACCCCGUGGCCAGGAUCCUUCUGAAGAGGGGCUGUUUGAGGAGGUUCCUGUGGUGUUUGAGGAUGUGGCGGUGUAUUUCACCCGGGAGGAGUGGGGCACGCUAGACAAGCGGCAGAAGGAGCUGUACAGAGACGUGAUGCGGAUGAAUUAUGAGCUGUUGGCAUCCCUGGGGCCUGCUGCUGCCAAACCAGCCUUGAUCUCAAAACUGGAGCGGAGAGCUGCACCCUGGACCAAGGACCCGAACGGGCCAAGGUGGGGGAAAGGGCGUCCUCCAGGGAAGAAGACGACGGUGGCCAUCAGAGAGGCACACACACAGGCCUCAGCUGAAGAAUCUGCACUGCUCCCAGCUCCUGCCAUGGAGACGUGCACCUCCUACUGCAAUCCCAGCCUUUGUGAAGUAGAAGCAGAUGGACGGAGGAAAAUCAAGAGGACUUACAGACCCCGCUCAAUUCAGAGGUCGUGGUUUGGGCAGUUCCCAUGGUUAGUAAUUGACCCCAAAGAGACCAAGCUCUUCUGCUCAGCUUGCAAAGAAAGACCUAGUCUCCACGACAAAUCAUCCCGGUUAGUCCGAGGUUACACGGGUCCUUUUAAAGUGGAGACUUUAAAGUACCAUGAAGUCAGCAAAGCACACAAGCUCUGUGUCAACACCGUGGAAGUCAAGGAAGACACCCCACAGGCCGCCCUCGUCCCCGAGAUCUCCAGUGACCUGAUGGCCGACAUGGAGCACUUUUUCAAUGCCGCCUAUUCCAUCGCGUACCACUCGAGGCCCCUGAACGACUUUGAGAAGAUCCUGCAACUCCUCCAAAGCACUGGGACCGUGAUUUUGGGCAAGUACCGAAAUCGCACCGCCUGCACUCAGUUCAUCAAAUACAUCUCCGAGACUCUGAAGAAGGAGAUCCUUGAGGAUGUCCGGAACUCCCCGUGUGUGAGCGUGCUGCUGGACAGCGCCACAGACACCUCCGACCAGUCCUGUGUGGGCAUUUACAUCCGCUACUUUAAGGGGAUGGAGGUGAAGGAGUCUUACAUCACUCUGGCCCCACUCUACAGCGAGACGGUGGAUGGAUACUUUGAGACCAUCAUCUCUGCCCUGGACGAACUGGACAUCCCCUUCCGGAAGCCUGGCUGGGUAGUGGGCCUGGGAACCGAUGGCUCAACCAUGCUGAGCUGCAGAGGAGGUCUGGUGGAGAAGCUCCAGGAGAUCGUCCCCCAGCUGCUGCCGGUGCAUUGUGUGGCCCACCGGCUACACCUGGCCGUGGUUGACGCCUGUGGAGGCAUCGACCUGGUCAAGAAGUGUGACCGGCACAUCCGAACCGUCUUCAAGUUCUAUCAGUCCUCGAACAAAAGGCUGAAUGAGCUGCAGGAAGGCGCGGCCCCGCUGGAGCAGGAAAUCAUCCGCCUGAAGGACCUGAACGCUGUCAGGUGGGUGGCCAGCAAGAGGCGCACGCUGAGUGCGCUCAUCGUGAGCUGGCCCGCCCUGGCCAGGCACCUGCAGAGCGUGGCGGAAGCAGGUGGCCAGGUCGGGCACAGGGCCAAGGGCGUGCUGAAGCUGAUGAAGGGCUUCCAUUUCGUCAAGUUCUGCCACUUCCUCUUGGACUUCCUGAGCAUCUACAGGCCUUUGUCCGAAGUGUGCCAGAAGGAGAUCGUGCUGAUUACGGAGGUGAACUCCACGCUGGGCCGGGCCUAUGUAGCACUGGAGACCCUCCGUCACCAGGCAGGACCCAAAGAGGAGGAGUUCAAUGCCGGCUUCAGGGAUGGGCGGCUCCACGGCAUCUUCUUGGAUAGAAUGGAGAUGGCAGAACAGCGGUUCCAGGUGGACAGGGAGAGAAUGAUCCUGACUGGGAUUGAAUACCUCCAGCAAAGGUUUGACGUGGACCGUCCCCCUCAGCUCAAGAACAUGGAGGUGUUUGACGCCAUGGCCUGGCCAAGUGGGAUGGAACUGGCCGGUUUUGGGAAUGAUGAUAUUCUUGCCCUGGCCAGAUAUUUUGAACUCUCACUGCCCCCAGGAUACAGCGAGGAAGCACUGCUGGAGGAGUGGCUGGGCCUGAAAGCCAUCGCCAAGAACUUGCCAUUCUCCAUGCUGUGCAGGAACGCCCUGGCCCAGGACUGCCGCUUCCCCUUGCUCAGCAGGCUCGUGGCAGUGGUGGUCUGUGUGCCCGUCUCCACCUCCUGCUGUGAGCGCGGGUUCAGUGCCAUGAACCGGAUCAGGACCGAUGAGAGGACCAAGCUCUCCAACGAGGUGAUCAACAUGCUCAUGAUGACAGCGGUGAAUGGUGUGGCGGUCGCAGAGUACAACCCCCAGCCCGCCAUCCAGCACUGGUACCUGACCUCCUCGGGUCGGCGUUUCAGCCACGUCUACACCUGUGCCCAAGUGCCACCCCGCUCCCACACAAGGGCGGGGCUCAGGAAGGAGAAGAUGGGAGCACUCCGUGUGGAGGAGGCCGUGACCCAGAAGCCGCCCAUCCCGUCCUACAGGGAACCCAUGGAGGUCCUGACGGACUGCGUCCUAGAGCCGCGCCACGGACUCCUGUGUCCCCACCCCAGCCAAGAGGCCCUGGGCUGUCCUGAUAAAGCGCUCCUAAUCCUCAGAGCAAGAGGCUAGUCCUGCGAGCAGCGCCGUGCCUGAGUGCCACACGCACGAUUCCCUGUGCGAGUCUAGUCGUGGAGGUGGAGGCCAGCUAGGGACGCCCCAGCCUCUCCACAUCUGUGCUCUGAGGAAGCCUCCGAUGCCAGCUCGUGAGAAACUUGGGCCCCUUGGCGGCGGGUGCGGGGGGUGACUGAAAAUGCUAUUUGUCACAGGGAUUUGCACUACCCGCUUUCUCGAGGGGCACAGGCAUGCCCUGGGUCCCCUCUGUUCGCUAAUGGCAGAGAGGACGCUGACCAUUUUGUGCAGGACCCCAGGCUGAAGCUUGGUGAGACCCCUUGCCCAAGCUGACAUCUCAUUUUGUUUCAAGAGACUUGCAGCAUUUCAGACCCCAGGGCCUGGAGACCCUGUUGUUGGAGAGCCUUCCUAUUUUUGCCUCACAAAAAAACAAGCUGAAGGGCAUUGGGGAUAGAAGGAGCAAGCUCUUUGCCUUUGGCCAGAGUCCUAGCCAUGCCUCCACCCUCGUUCCCUACCUGUGAUCUCCAUAGACAUGCCCACAGGGCUGACAUUCUGAGUGACCAGCAUUUUAACUGACAGUUUGAGUUCGAUAGCCAUAGAGACCAGGUGGGAAGGAGGGGUCCCGACCCCCUGUUCUAGCCAGACGCGUUGGAAUGUAAUCUACUCCAGACACUUUGCUUCCCUCGAAGCGCAGGAUCAGUUCCCAGGGUGCUAAGUAUUUAGCAGGACAGUGUGAAGAUGGGCCGUUUCCCUCAUCCAAGUGGCUGACGAGGUCACCCCAGGUAAUUGGCCCAGGGAUGUUCUCUCCUCCUCUGGUUUCAAAGAUGUGCAAAACAUGGUUUAAAAAACCAUGUCUGGGGCUUCCCUGGUGGCGCAGUGGUUGAGAGUCCGCCUGCCGAUGCAGGGGAGGCGGGUUCGUGCCCCGGUCCGGGAAGAUCCCACAUGCGGCGGAGCGGCUGGGACCGUGAGCCAUGGCCGCUGAGCCUGCGCGUCCGGAGCCUGUGCUCCGCACCGGGACAGGCCACAACAAUGAGAGGCCCGCUUACCGCAAAAAAAAAAAAA